AUGGGUGGUCCGACAAAUCGCUGGGAUGGAGGAAGUCAUUCUCUUGGAAGGGAAGAGUCCUCACUACACACUAGGUCAGCAUCGCAUGGAAGAAGUGAGCCAUCGUUUGGGUCUUCUAAUUCGAGGAGAAGAAUGGUGAAAGUUUGUGGGUGUGGAGUUGAAGCUCCGUUGCUGACUUCGUGGACUGGGGAUAACCCUGAGAGGAGGUUCUACGGAUGUGGUCUGUUCAAGGUUCAUGGUAGACGACUGUGCAGCUUCUUUGAAUGGUAUGAUGAUGUUGGGAAUGCCAGGGAGAAGAAGGUUAUUGCCUUGCUUUCGAGAAAGAAUGCUGAGAUGAAGAAAACAAUCAAAGUCCUAGUCUGUUGUUUGAUCUUUGCCAUGAUUAUGAUCAUGGCGUUGAUAUUUGCUUAUGUAUCUAAAUAG